AUGCAGCGUAGUAUCAGAGGCCAUUGUGACCACUCUCUGGUAGACCGCGAAGAAGGCAUCAGGAUGGAAACGGAGCGCCAAAUGAAAGGAAGCCAGAUGGGAUUGGGAAUGAAGCGGGAGAGAGAGCAGCAUGCAAACAAUGGCAGUGCUGCGCAGAGAGACACGGACACCAACUUCUGGAUGCGCGAAGAUUACGGCCCUCAGGAUUCCAGCAGUGACGUCAGCGAUAGCGCUGAUGACGUGGAUCUCGACGAGCCGGAAGAAGGGCAGGGGGAGGUGGCUGAGGACGUCCCGGAGACUUUGAACAAUCUUCUUUCUGAAAGUCACAUCCACAGGACUUCGCGGCGCAACCAGCGGAAAAAGCCGCGCGUCACAAAGACUGAGGAGGACGGGCGGUCGGUCUUCGUCGGGCGGCUGCCCGCGAAUGCGACGUCUCAGGUCCUUCGGAACCGCUUCACGGAGUUUGGACACGUGGCGGGCGUGGAAGUGCGGUCCUUCAAGACCAAGAAAGGCCAGAGAACGUACGCGUACAUCGAGUUCGCGGAUCCACAGGCUGCAGCGAGGGCACUGAAAGCGUCGCCAAUUCGUGUCAAGGGAAUGAAAGUCUACGUGGGCUCAAUCCGCAGACGGGAGCCGCCGCAGCAGGGUUCUCGGAAAGGUUACGACCAGGCAAAGGGCAUCGCCAAGCCAUCUCCGACACUCAAUUUUGCAGAAACCGGACUUCCUGCCAAGCUCGAAACCCACCCGACCGCUUCAACCGAGAUCUUCAUUGAGGACGGGGCGAAUGCACCGGCUACCCGGGUUCUGGCAACCGGGGGAGAAAUAACCGGAAGAAUCGCUCUGGAAAGUGCUCCAUUCCCCAACGUUCCGUUCCCGCCAAAGCCGCCAGCGUCUGAGGCAGCCCGGUUCAAUGUCCCGGUCGACUUUGACCGGUCGGAGAAGCUCCCCGACCAGAUUGAGACUGAGCCCAUGUCUCCCACUUUUCCGGGCCGUCGUUCUAGCGCGAUUCACGAGAAGAAGGCGCCGUCCCUGAGCACGGUUCCGGAGAUCACACCGCUCGAAGAAGAGGACAAAGAAGAGGUACUUCCUGCGGAUGCCGCGCAUGCGGCCGCGCGCACGUCGCUGAAAGCCUGCGCGAUCGCGAAACCGGAGCCCAAACCCGUCAACCCGAACGCCAAGCCCGGCCCCGCGCGCUUCAAGCUCGUGGAAUUGCAGGACGGCUCCUUCACCGUGCUGGCGCCACGUGGCGGCACCGCAGACGCGGUCGCUGACGUCAUCGACAUACCCGUCAAAGGCGCCCGGGAGCACGAACCGGGGGCCGACAUGGAAGUGGUCCCGGCGCCGCAGGAAGCGCAGCCGGGCGCGGCGCGCGGGGCCGCGCUCUCUACCCUCGACCAGACCCACCUCCCGAAUGACGUCAUCGCAAGCCUCGAGACCACCAAAAGCCGCCCCAAGAGUGCGAAUUACGUCAGCGCGAGCGCUCAAGCGAUCGAUGGCGUCAGCCCAAACCCCGAAACCCUUCCCGACGCCGCCAUGGGGGACGGCUCCGACGACGACAUGCCGCCGCUCGAGAACAUCCCCGACGCGCGGCCGGCCGCGGCUGACGUCAUGGUCCUUCCCGGCAAGCGCGCGGCGUUCGUGGGCGGUGAGAACGCUUUCGAGAUUGGCGCCACGUCAGCCGCGGGGGCGCGUUCACACCGGAGGAACAAGCGCGGGAAGGAGGCCGAGGAGCGGCCGCCCAGGGUGCCGUACUACCGGAACUACAGCCGCCCGCGCAAGGCGCCGAUUUACACCCACAUGGUGGUCGCCGCGUUCGCGUUCUUCCGUGAGCGUGUGGCGGCCGCGGGCGGGCGCGAGCUGGCGCGCGAGCUGCUAGAGUGGCUGGUGUCGCCCGAGGUGCUCGAGACCGCCUCCCGGGACCCGUCCGCGCUGCAGCUGCUCUUCGGCGACACCCGGUGGAUCGCCACCGGCCUGACCGGGCUGCCGCCGCCGGAGCGUAACGCUCAGCUGGAGCAGCUGGAGGAGCGUUACCGCCGAAGCACAGACGAGCGUGUCACCAUCGACAAGGUGCACCGGGACUCCUUCGCCGAGCGGGUGGAGCGCUUCUGUGCGCUGUGCGGAGUGGACCGGUACAAGGACCCGGUCUGGUCCUUCACGGGCGGGGUGUGA